CCUCGACUCGACAACUCCCAGCAGCAACCUCCGUCGUCGCCAACCCGCAGUCGUCCCAACCGUCGUGAUGGCGCAAGAACGUUCCGGAAUCGUGGUCGGUCUGAACAAGGGCCACAAAACCACCCCCCUCAACACCCCCAAGACCCGGAUCAGCCGUACCAAGGGCCAGUCUUCCCGCCGCACGGCCUUCGUUCGUGAGAUCGCCCGCGAGGUUGUCGGUCUUGCCCCCUAUGAGCGUCGUAUCAUCGAACUCCUGAGAAACACUCAGGACAAGCGCGCUCGUAAGCUCGCCAAGAAGAGACUCGGUACCUUCGGCCGUGGCAAGAGAAAGGUCGAGGACAUGCAGCGGGUCAUCGCCGAGGCCCGCCGCACUGGCGCUCACUAAACUUUCCAUUUCUCUCUCCAAAUAUCUCCUGUUUCCAGUUUUCUCUCUCUCCUAUUAGCCAAGAAUGAGAUAACGAAAACAUCCCACACCCAACCUCAAAAAAUGAAAUGAAAGUGAAAGUGAGAAACAAAAACCAUGUUUCAAUACAUUCUUCUCUUCCUCCGAGUUGUAAAAUAGCCCUUUGGGCGCAAUGCGUGGGUCGGUUGAUCUACACAGCCUCCUCCUCAUUGUUGUUAUUUAUCCUGGGCUAUGGUGUGAGGGAUUGGCUGGUAGGGGCGCUUGACUUGAUCUACUUCAGCCCCAGGCCCUUUCACGAGAUUCAUUGGUUUGUCUUGAGGACUUGGGGAAGUCUGAGAUGAUGGAAAUGGUAAUAGGCAACAAAGGACUGAAAUGAGAAAGGUUUAGAAAAAAACGGAGUUUAAUACAAUACCACUGCACUACUGGGAUC